CAAUCAGGCGUUGAGGACGGAUUGGACCCGCCUCUUCCCACGGUGUGCUUCGCCCUGAGUGAGUCGCUGUGGUUUCGCUAGUGGAGGAUCCGAGAGGGGAAGCAAGGGCGGCGACACUUGCCGAAUACAAUGCCGAAUAAAACGAAAAAGGACAAGGACUCGUCAAAAUCUGGCAAAGUGGGUAAAAGCGGAGGAGGUGGAGGAGGACAAGAAAAUUCACAGCAUGAGCAGGGCUCCAACAGGAAGAGCGGCAACAGCAUUCCUCCGACCACGCAGCUGCUGAAGGGGAAGCUGCCGGGCGCCCAGACACCCGUCAAGAAGGACAAGCGGCAGAGCUCCUCUCGCUUCAGCCUGAGCAACAACAGGGAGCUGCAGAAGCUGCCCGCGUUCAAAGAUGUGCCCCCUGCGGAGCAGGAGAAGCUCUUCAUCCAGAAGCUUCGGCAGUGCUGCGUCCUCUUUGACUUUGUCUCGGACCCGCUGAGCGACCUGAAAUGGAAGGAGGUGAAGCGGGCGGCGCUGAGCGAGAUGGUGGAGUACAUCACACACAACAGGAACGUCAUCACGGAGCCCAUCUACCCCGAGGUGGUUCACAUGUUUGCCAUCAACAUGUUCCGGACGUUGCCGCCGUCCUCCAACCCUACAGGCGCUGAGUUCGACCCCGAGGAAGAUGAGCCCACCCUGGAGGCCGCGUGGCCGCAUCUGCAGCUUGUCUAUGAAUUCUUUCUACGCUUCUUAGAGUCGACAGACUUUCAACCUAACAUAGCCAAAAAGUAUAUUGACCAGAAGUUUGUAAUGCAGCUCUUAGAACUGUUUGACAGUGAAGACCCCAGGGAGCGAGACUUUUUAAAGACCACUCUGCAUCGCAUCUACGGCAAGUUCCUGGGCCUGCGAGCGUACAUUAGGAAGCAAAUAAAUAACAUAUUUUAUAGAUUCAUUUAUGAGACAGAGCAUCAUAACGGAAUUGCAGAGUUACUGGAAAUAUUAGGCAGUAUAAUCAAUGGAUUUGCGUUACCUUUAAAAGAAGAACACAAGAUAUUCCUAUUGAAAGUUCUGCUGCCGUUGCACAAAGUCAAGUCGUUGAGUGUUUACCACCCACAGCUGGCCUACUGUGUGGUCCAGUUCCUCGAGAAGGACAGCACGCUCACAGAACCGACAGUGAUGGCUUUGUUGAAGUACUGGCCAAAGACCCACAGCCCAAAAGAGGUGAUGUUCCUCAACGAGCUGGAGGAGAUCCUGGACGUCAUCGAGCCGUCUGAGUUUGUCAAAGUCAUGGAGCCUCUCUUCAGGCAGCUGGCCAAAUGCGUGUCCAGCCCCCACUUUCAGGUGGCCGAGCGAGCGCUCUACUACUGGAACAACGAGUACAUCAUGAGCCUGAUCAGCGACAACGCCGCCAAGAUCCUGCCCAUCAUGUUCCCCGCCCUCUACCGCAACUCUAAGACCCACUGGAACAAGACCAUCCAUGGCUUGAUUUACAACGCCCUCAAGCUCUUCAUGGAGAUGAACCAGAAACUGUUUGACGACUGUACGCAGCAGUUCAGGGCGGAGAAAAGCAAAGAAAAAGCCAAAUGGAAAGAGCGAGAAGAAGCGUGGCUCAAGAUUGAGAAUCUCGCCAAGUCCAACCCGCAGUUUCUGAUAUACACCGACCCUGUGGGUUCGGGCGGUCCCACGGACAUGGAGACAGACGGACCGCUGCUAGACGACGUCAGCCAGCUGGAAAAGAGGAUAGCGGAGGAGGCCACGCAGCUGCAGAAAGACCAGCGACGAGAGCGCCCGUUGGUGCGGAGGAAAUCGGAGCUGCCCAAAGACAUCUCCACUGUCACGGCCUUGGAGCUGCACCGGAGAGCCGAGGAGAUGUUGACCACGCACGACGGCCACUAACCGGCCGAACACGAGACAUCCCGCCAACCUGGACCCAGCCCAGCACAACACACCGGAACUUUCUCACCCCUCACCUGCCCUACUCUCCUCACCUGACACAACAAGGCCGCCCAAACAUGGCGGCUUGCCCGGGACAAAGAGCCGCUGGGUCGUCCUCACUCGUCAUCACGUUCUGUUUUUCAUCCUCCUUCCUCCUCUCCCUCCUUCUCCUCCUCGGUCUUCUGUGCCCUCUUUGACUUUAGUUUCCAGGGUGCGGUGCUGCCCCCUUCUGGUCAGUUCUCUCAGGUGUUUUGUUCCUUUGUGUCUCUUUCUAGAUGUCAGGUGCUUUUACCAAAAAAAAACAAACCCAAAACUACUCAAAAAAAAAAUAAGCCCCUCCCUUUCCCAGAGGACAUGUCCAGUGUAAUGUACCACUCAUCAAUGGAGGCAAGUUUUGUUUUAAAAAGAUGUUAAUUUUAAUGGUUAAGUCCUGAAAAAACUCUUUUAGAUGACUGGUGGUAAAGCUAUGGAGUCUGACAAAAGUGAGUCCACCUCUCACAUUUCAGCAACUGUUAUACCAUGUCAAGGGAUAAUACUAGAACCAACGUAAAGGCAAAAAGCUGUGUCCCUUGAGAAGGUAAACAGUCGGAAAGAUGCUGAAAUGUCAAGGCUGUACACACUUUUCACAUAUGAACAUCUCAGUUUGCUUACUCAGCAUCCAGUACAGGCUGCCAAUGUGAGGGUCCCAGGAGAUGCCCAAUGGGGGACUGGUCUCCAGCAGGACCCCCUGCCCCGCCCCGCCCCGCCC